AUGGGGCUGCGUGUGGGGCACAUUGCUGUGGGGGCGUAUAAUACUGUAGCGGACAGGGUGGAUUACUGUACCGGUACGUGAGAAGGAGCGGCGGGCAGGGGGAGUGUUUUGUGA